AUGGCGCAGAGUUUUGACACUUGGCUGGAUGGUUUGGGGCCCCUCACGAAGUGCGGGCUUGCCCUGGCCGUGUUGCUCACUACCCUCGUCUCGCUGCAGGUGGUUCCGCUUGUGGAUCUGCUGCUGUCUCCCGCCGCCUUCACGCAGCUGCAACUGUGGCGCCCCGUCAGCGCCGCCUUCUUCUUUGGGGGCUUUUCCUUCUCGUGGCUCCUCUCUCUCGCCAUGUUUGUGUCUUACAUGAACUACAAUGAAACCUUCGACUUCAAAGGCAAGAGUGGGGACUUCCUGUGGAUGGGGAUUAUUCUUGUUCUGGGCAACACAGCCGGUGGCCUUCUGCUUGGUCUCCCCGUCACGAGCUUUGCGAUGCUGAUGUCCCUCUGUUGGGUGUUCUGCAAGCGUCACCCCGAGCUGCGCAUGAACCUCUACAACUUCGAGUUCAACGCCAACACGUUCCCAUGGAUCCUGAUGCUGUUCCACCUCAUCGUUGGGCACAGCAUUGUAGAGGACCUGGUCGGCGUCGUGGUCGGCCACCUGUUCUUCUUCUUCAAGGACGUCAUACCCAAGACGGACGGCGCGGACCCGCUGCGCACCCCCACGUGGUUCCUGCGCUACGUGCUGCCCAACAGUGGCGGACCCGGCUUUGGCNACGGCGCGGACCCGCUGCGCACCCCCACGUGGUUCCUGCGCUACGUGCUGCCCAACAGUGGCGGACCCGGCUUUGGCACAGUGCACCCCACCGCUGCCACUGCUGCUGCUGCUAGGCAGGCGUACGGCGCGAGAUUGGCGCAGCAGCGGCGGGGAGACGGCGGUGCGGCGGCUCCACAUCAAUGGGGAGCGGGACGUACGCUCGGCGCCAACUGA